AGUAGUUUUCAGUUUUUUGAAGAAAAUGGCGGAAAGCGAGCUCAACGUUGACAGCAUCAUCUCCCGAUUGCUUGAAGUGCGAGGAUGCCGUCCAGGGAAGAUAGUCCAGAUGACGGAGGCGGAGGUGCGGGGGUUGUGCAUCAAGUCCCGGGAGAUCUUCCUCAGCCAGCCCAUCCUACUGGAGCUGGAGGCUCCGCUCAAAAUAUGUGGGGAUAUCCAUGGCCAGUACACAGACCUGCUGCGGCUCUUUGAGUACGGGGGCUUCCCGCCGGAGGCUAACUACCUGUUCCUAGGGGACUACGUGGACCGAGGCAAGCAGUCCUUGGAAACCAUCUGCCUACUGCUGGCCUACAAGAUCAAAUACCCUGAGAACUUCUUCCUGCUCAGAGGAAACCACGAAUGUGCCUCCAUCAACCGCAUCUACGGUUUCUAUGACGAGUGCAAACGCAGAUUCAACAUAAAGCUGUGGAAGACCUUCACAGAUUGCUUCAACUGUCUGCCCAUUGCCGCUAUAAUCGAUGAGAAGAUCUUCUGCUGCCAUGGAGGUCUCUCUCCUGAUCUGCAGUCCAUGGAGCAAAUCCGACGCAUCAUGAGGCCCACUGAUGUCCCUGACACAGGCCUGCUUUGUGACCUGCUGUGGUCAGAUCCAGACAAAGACGUGCAGGGCUGGGGGGAAAACGACCGGGGCGUCUCCUUCACCUUCGGGGCCGACGUGGUCAGCAAGUUCCUCAACCGCCAUGACCUGGACCUCAUCUGCAGAGCCCACCAGGUUGUUGAGGAUGGCUACGAGUUCUUUGCCAAACGGCAGCUGGUGACGCUGUUCUCGGCUCCCAACUACUGCGGGGAGUUUGACAACGCUGGGGGCAUGAUGAGCGUGGACGAGUCCCUCAUGUGUUCCUUUCAGAUUUUGAAGCCGUCAGAGAAAAAAGCUAAGUACCAGUAUGGGGGGGUGAACACGGGACGCCCUGUAACCCCGCCUCGUACUGCCCAAGCCCCAAAGAAGAGGUGAGCGCCUGGCCCCCUGUCUCGCCUCCUUGCACCCUUUCCUCUGUUGCCCCCUGCAACGUCCUGUCCCAUCCCUCCCAUCUAUGGGAAGCGCUCUAGCCCCCCCUGACCUCCACUCACCUAUUUCAUGUGUAAAAUAUUAAAUCUUUGCUGUGAACAAUGUUUUUUUUUCUUUGCUUGUUUGUUGGUAUUUUUUAUUAAUAAUGUAAGUGACUUGUUGUUUUUCAAUGCUAUGAAAUGGGUUGCUAAGGUGCAGCAAUAUGAUACACAUUUUGUGGAAAAGGGCAACGCAUUUAGAAAGGAGGCUUUUCUUCCUUCAGAUAUUGAAAAAGUAUUGAAUUUGAUUUGUGUGUGUAUGUGUGCGAGUGAGGUGGGUUAUUUACCCCAGCCAACAACGUUGACUCUUCAAGACAAAUAACGUAAGAGAUAUCCUCCCCACCCAGUCUCACAAUUUACCCUGCUAAUGCGUAACCUUCUCACAAUAUUACUAAUAACAUGGCCGUUUUCCUCCUACGGUUUGGCUACAGUAACUGAGUGGAAUGGUUUUGCCUCCUAGUGAGUUUGGAGAAAGUCAUUUUUACCUCGUUGGACUCUAAAACGUUUUCUCUUAAUUGAGACACUAAUGAAGUAUUAACAACAAUUACGUUGAAAGUACUUGUACAAAUGCAUAUUAUCAGAACCAUACAAAAUGACAGUAUAUACACACGGGGCAUGCAUUGUAUACACACAUUCUGUACAUAUUAACUGUGUAUACAUGUUAACAGUUAACUACUAGUACAGUUAAGGUUCUGUGUCCUAACUCAAAGGGUUCGCAACAAAUGGAUGUUCCAAAUGCCUGUUGGUUUUGAAUCAAGCUUGUCCACCACCACACCAGCCCUCUCCUCUUAUCCCUUAAUCCACCGAACCUGCUUCCAUUGCUGAAGACUGUUUAUGGACAUCUCUUUAACUGUGUGCCUGUGAGAAUGCAUAGAUUGUGGUGGCUUAGGACAUUAAGGCCAGAGUCAAAGGCACCUGAUUUCUAUUGGUGUUCAGUAUUAUUUUUCUAAUUCACACGACCAGUUGGCCCCACUAGACGAUUACAAUAGUUGUUUUUAACUUUACACAAGCUGUUUUCAGCAGUCACCAUUGCCCCUGCAGUUCUUGUAAACAUGGCAUAUUACAUCACACGGGGGUCAAGCGCAUGCUUACCAAGCUUGGAGUGAGUCCGAGAUGGCACUUUGUACUCGGAGCGGGAUCACUUAGACAUUGCUGCCCCCUAGUGGUAGAUUUUAGGACAGCCGAAAGAGGCUGACGAUGUCAACAACCAGCAAGGCAUCAGAAUGUGAAUACAGUAUGUUUACCUUUCCGGUAAACUGAUUACAAUAUCCGGCUCCUUAUUAUUAUUGUCAUCCAACUAAUGAAUAUUCAAAUAACAUUUGAGUUUUUUUUAGUUCGCCUAUAUCUUUUGCCUUGUUCUCAUCUGUCGGUCUCUUCAAGUUGGAAACUGUCAGUGUUUUAAACCAUUUUGAGAUUUGUACAAUUUUCGUUCGACUCUUUGAAUGGAAUAAAUGGAACUGUGCCGUUGACCCUG